AUGUCUUCAAAAGGCCACAAAACCAAAUCCAACAGCAAACCACCAUCCACCCACGAUGAAUUCGAAUUCGGCGGCGCUCUCGGCGUCAGUGCCAUCAUGAUCGGUUUCCCCCUUCUCAUGUACUACAUGUUCAUUGGGGCGACCCUCUAUGACGGCCAUCUACCUCUCCCGGAAGACAACCAGUCCAUUCCCGACUUUCUCUCGCAUCUCGUCCAUCUAGCCUACACGCAUGCGUAUCCCACGGCUCGCGCAUGGAAGAUAUACUGGACAUUCUUCAUUCUCGAAGGCGUGGCAUAUCUCUAUCUCCCUGGUGUAUACGGGAAGGGGAAACGACUUCCUCAUCUGAACGGGCAACAACUCGACUAUUACUGUUCUGCAGUCUGGUCGUGGUAUGUGACCAUCAUUGCCGCCUUGACACUCCAUUUCACGGGGAUAUUCAAAUUAUACACUCUCGUCGAUGAAUUCGGCCCUCUCAUGUCUGUCGGUAUAUGCACCGGCAUCCUCAUCUCGGUCAUCGCAUACAUCUCCGCCAUUCUACGAGGCGCGCAACACCGCAUGACCGGCUCACUCAUCUACGACUUCUUCAUGGGCGCGGAACUCAACCCGCGGUUAUUCGGAUUACUCGAUUUCAAAAUGUUCUUCGAAGUCCGCAUCCCUUGGUUCAUUCUCUUCCUGCUCACCCUGGGCACUGCAUUGAAGCAGAUUGAAGUGUAUGGAUAUGUCUCCGGCGAAGUGGGCUUCUUGUUAAUGGCGCAUUUCCUAUACGCAAAUGCAUGCGCAAAGGGCGAAGAAUUAAUCAUCACCAGCUGGGACAUGUACUACGAAAAAUGGGGCUUCAUGCUCAUCUUCUGGAACCUCGCCGGCGUGCCCAUGUCCUACUGCCACUGCACGCUGUACCUCGCCUCUCACGAUCCAUCCACCUACAAAUGGAACCCGAUCGCCCUGACAGCUCUCUACAUUCUCUACCUCUUCGCAUACUGGGUCUGGGACACGGGCAACAGCCAGAAGAAUUUCUUCCGCGCCCAGGAACGCGGGGUGCCGGUGCACCGGAAGUCGUUUCCGCAGCUGCCGUGGAAAUACGUGAAAGAGCCGGUUUCGAUUCGCACCGAGACGGGGGAUUCGAUUUUGUGUUCGGGGUGGUAUGGAAUGGCGAGAAAAGUGCACUAUACGUGUGACUUUUUCUUCGCCAUGUCGUGGGGUUUGAUUACUGGGUUCAACUCGCCGUUUCCGUGGUUCUAUUUUGUCUUCUUUAGUAUUAUGAUUGUUCAUCGCGCGAGGAGGGAUAUCCACCGCUGUCGAGAGAGAUACGGGGCUGCGUGGGCCGAGUAUGAGCGGCGAGUGCCGUACUUGUUUAUUCCGUACAUUUUCUAA